UGUUGUGUUUACCAGUGCAGGAUUCAUUUCCUUGCCCCAUGCUUCAUAUAUCCAUUGAGCCAAGUCACUGGAGCAUCAUAUUACUCAGUACAUGGUAUGCUUUGAGUAUUAACGUCUGAAAAUGUAAAUUGAAGUCCCAGAGAUUCUGGUGAUCUUCUAAUUCGAUUCUCCAUGAUUCUGCAUAUCAAAACAGGAAAUUUGGUUGCUGCCUUACUGAACAUUGUAACCUCCUUUGUAGCACGCGAGCACAUGAAAAGGGGCUUGGUUCUGCUGUGUUGAGGGGACUGAAGAAUACCAAAACGAUUGGCGAUCCAAUCAUGCAGCAGCGAUUCGUAUUCCUGGCUUGUGCAUUAUCAAUGGCAAUGCUUGGCUGGUUUAUAAAAAUAAUACCUUCACGCGUUGGCAUCCACAAUUCCGUGCUAAAGAAAGCUUGUGGCGGCGGAUCUUCAACCCUAAUUCGUCAUCAAACCCUAUCUGAAUGCAAAACUUGAAACUGAUGUAGCCAAGUGUUUUUUAAGCUCCCUCCUUGUUGGAAAGCUCUCAGCAGAUGUCUUCAAAUCGAACGUCAUGCAAAGUAUUCGCGACAUUGGUGGUUGAAAGCGGCCGAGGCAGUUCCUUCCCUUCACCUCGAUGUCUUCGAAAGUCAAUAACAUGAAAGACCACGGCCAACGCAGACGUUCAUCUUCGAAUGUCAACUCUCCCCAACAACAACGGCGGAUUCGUGUCAAUCCCAGCAACAGUCCCUUCCUCGAAGACGACGAUGAGUCUAAAGUACCCUCUCUCAACACGAUUUUCCUGAGAGCUAAGAGGAAAAUGCGCUCCCGACAGACUGUACUCCUCCUCGCUCUCCUCUCCUUGGCUGUACUCACAAUUCUCUAUUUGCGCACACCAUACAUUCCCUUGGGUGUAUCUAUUGGAGCAAACGCGCCAUCGACGAAGCCAAUCCAAGAGCUCUCCAAUGAAUUGGAUGGGAAGGAGGCAGGACCACAGAAGCCACCGCAAUUGAGCAACGUCCACCCAAUCAAGCAGCUCAUCAAAAGCGCCGAGGAGGACUUUGGGAAGAUUGUAGAGAGGCAGUCAAAGACACUGGCAGAUGCAGUCAAGGAAUACAGACGACGAUAUGGAAUACCCCCUCCACCAAAUUUCGACAAGUGGUACGCCUUCGCGAAGUCCAAGAACGUUCAAUUGAUCGACGAAUACGACUCCAUACACACAAGUCUUACGCCGUUCUGGGGCUUGAAGCCAAAGACUAUUCGGAACCGAGCGAGGGAGUCAUUGGGAUACGAUGCAAAUAACCUGCUGGGGGUAUUGAUCAGGAAGGGUGAGAUCAAAAAGCUCGAUGGAGGAAUCCCAUGGGCAAUGGAGGCUACCAGAGGAAUGGUGGAGAAAUUUACCAAAUAUCUACCGGACAUGGAUCUCUGCUUCAACAUCCACGAUGAGCCUCGGGUUGUGGUUCCGUACGACGAUCUAGCUAGGCUGGUGCGGAGUGCUAAGGACGUGAACAUGCCAGCCGCCAAUGCAGUCACCAACCCGAGGAAUUCUUGGUCUCAGAGGCCUGGGGAUCUUUCUGACGGGACGCGAUUCGAGGAUCUCAAGUUGACUCGAUUCAAUAUCAUUCCACACCAAGCAACGUGGACACACUCUCGAAUGUCCUGCCCACCAGACAGCCCUGCAAGAUACUUGGAGGAUGGUCUGAAGGAAGACAAUAUUGAUAGUUAUGCUGUUGGUGAACUUGGUUUCAUCUACAACAAGACUGCUUUCUCGGAUAUCUGCCAGUCUCCUUCAUUCUCAGAAACAUAUGGCUUCUUCGACAGACCGAACGCCUUCAAUGUCGCCCAGGACCUCUUUCCUGUUUUCUCGGCAUCAAAACCUUCGUCUUACUCCGAUAUUGUCUAUCCUUCUCCCUGGUACUGGGCUGGUAAAGUCACGUACGAUGAUACGUCAGACAUGGACUGGAAUCAGAAAGAAGGUCAACUGUAUUGGAGAGGCUCCACGAAUGGAGGCUUUAGUCGCGACGGCGGCUGGAGGCGUCAACAUCGUCAACAUGUAGUGAGGAAGAUGAACGCUGGUGACCAAGCUAAGAUCAUGACCAACCGCGGCGAGGGAGAAACAGAAGAUUGGAAGGUCAAAGAGGUCUCUCGUAGCGACUUCAAGGAUAUCUUUGAUGUCCACUUCACACACGUCGAUCAGUGCGAUCCAGGCGACUGCAAAGCUCAAGAACAAUUUUUCGAGAUCAAGAAGCCAGCCGAACAGACAGAUGCAUGGAAGUAUAAAUAUCUUCUCGACAUUGAUGGCAACGCAUUCAGUGGACGCUUCUAUGCUUUCUUGAAAAGUAAGAGUUUGGUGUACAAGCUGGCUGUUUUCAGGGAAUGGCAUGAAGAGUGGUUGAAGCCUUGGGUACACUACAUUCCUUUGAGUCUGAGGGGCGAAGAGUGGGUUGAGGCUGUGAGAUGGUUCGCUGGUGAGCCAUCAGGCAAGCAAGAAGCAGAGCACAUUGCAAUGCAAGGAAGAGAAUGGGCAAACAAGGUGCUGAGGAACGAGGAUUUAGAGGUGUGGUUCUUCAGGCUGCUGCUAGAGUGAGUUCUCAUUCUUCACAAAAUACUCAACCUGCAAGGAAGUUCAAUGCUGACUCGAGAACAGGUACGCCAGAUUAGUAGAUGAUGACCGCGAGAUCAUCGGCUACACGGGAUCCUGAACGGAAGUAUGGUCUAGACCGACGAAGAGGAUAGUGCGAGUGUACAUAUCUAAACAGACUUCCCCGUAUUCGAGCAAGUACAUGGAGUCGGAAUCGCAGACGAACUCAGACAGCGAGCAAGCAUCGCUCUCUGUAUGAGACACGAAUGAAUAUGGCAUAGAACUAGAUAUAGACGGAGGCAUCGGAGUUAUGGUUUGCUACAGUCUGGCUGAGAGCUGUAGACUGGAUACAGACCUGCUGGCUUUGUAAUUAGUAUGCGUAAUGUCCAAAUAAUACCCAGCUGGCGCGC